AGUACAAUCAUAGUCUGCUUUCCUAUAACCCAAUAACUCUAUCGUCUCGUCGUCUACGUCUUCGUUUGACAGUGUGUGUGUGUGUGUGUGUGUGUGUUCCAGCGUGGGCUUCUCUCUUUGUCAGUCAUCGUUGCCUCGUGGAACGCUCUCCGGUAAGUGGAAGACCUCAGAUUCGACGGAAGCAAGAAAGAAGGAAGAGCUGCAAGACGUAAGCAAUGUUCUCAGCGUCAACCACCAACGCAGGGCCGUCGCCCACGGCCUUUUCUUCCUCUACCGCUGCCGCCGCCAAUACCAGAAACAACAACGGCAAUACCGCGACAUCGUCCUCCCCGCCGCCGCCGCCCCGUCCAUCGCCGUCUUUCUUUUCGCGAAGGAGAAACUCCUCUUCCGCUACCCCGACACCGACCCCUUUGUGGUGGACGUGGCGACGACCGGCAGCACAGGUGGUGGCGGCAGCGGAAGCGGUGGUGCGUCUGACGCGGCGUCUAAUAAAGCCGGCAGCAGCAACAGCGGCAACAACAAUAAUAAUACUGGAAACGGCAGCGGCACAGCGAAGGAGAGCAACGCGAACAGCAACGGUAAAAGCAGCAAUACCGCUACUGCUGCAGGGAGGAGCGAUGCGACGAGCAUGUUCACCUCUACCUACCCGUCGAACUCCUCCUCCCGAGACCGCCACCGUCGCGGCCACAGCGGCGGCGGUAGCGCAGACACAAACAAGAGCAGCGGCAGAGGCGGUGGAGGGAUGUUGCUCCCCGACAACCUCGCUGCUACCCCGGCAACCCCCACAUCUGCCACAGGCGCUGGGGGCGGCGGAGGGGGCGGCAGUCGACUCCAAAAGAAGUCCCCGCACAUGCACGUGACGAUGGCGGCGAGCGUGAAGGGCAAUCGUGGCGGAUCCCCUCAUGCAGCGGGCAGUACUACUGCUACCGCCGGCGGUGGUGGGGUGGCGACGACGCUGGAAGCAGCCGCGACGGCGUCCAUCAACAGUGCCAGUGGCGUCGCCCCGCAACGCGGUAUGCGACGGCCCAUGUCCGCCUACAGCCUUGUGAACGAUAGCUUAACGGCGAGCUUCGCCGGGCUCUCCUCGUCUGCUCACGGGCAGGGGCACCGCACUGGGUCGCCGUUAGCUGGUCCUAGCGGGGGAGCCGCAAACACCGGCACCGCGCUCGAGAGCCGUCGUGCAUCGCAUGUCAAAAGCAGCAAUAGCGGUGGCGGUGGUGGUGCCGGUGGGCCGCCAACCGGCCCCACGACGCAGGUGCAGAACACGUCCACUGGCAGCACACGGCGACAGACGCCCUCCAACUCGCCGGGCUCCGUCGCCAUCCUUGCCACGCGGAGCAGUAAGUCGAGUCAUUCCGCCAGCAGCCGCACCGCCCCCCUGCAGCAGCAGCAGCAACAAUCGCAGAACACAACAGGGGCGGCCACGUGCGUGGGGAUUGCCACCAACGUCCUCAUGCAUCUUCUGCGCGGUGCGCUGAACGGGUGCACGACGAUCAACAUGGUCAACUGCACUUUCCUGGUGUUCCCGCUCAUACUGGCCUCCUCGUGGUCCGCAUCGCUGUCCUUGGCCAACACGACCGGCAACGAUGUGAACCACAGCAACAACAACAGCGGCGGUGGCGGUGGCGGCAGCACAUAUGGGGCAUCCGCGCUGGACCAGCAGCGUCAGCCGUCGCGGUCCGCCACGGCGCUGCUGGUCGUCGCGAUGAAGCAGCCCGACACCGACGCCGGCGCCAUUGCGAAUUUUGCGCAGUGCUUUGUGAAUAUUCUGUGCCGCGAGGAACAGCGCUGCCGCUACGUCUCAGCCGAGCUCGAUCGCAUGGAGGCGCUGACGAACCACUGGGUGGUUGGUGGUGGCACUGCGGUAGCGAAGGCGGCGGCGGAUAUGCGUCCGCAACAGCAACAACUCCUCGAUCUUCCUCUCCGACAAACGUCGUCGUUCUCGAUGAACCGAGCUGCCAGUUGUGACGGAGGGGGACUUCAUGGGAUGCGAGGGUCGACGUCACCGCAGCUGCAGCAUAGCCGAGCUGACAGCAGCAGCGGUGUCCUCCCCUCGCCCCUUGCAGCAGCCGUCGCAUCGCCGCUGGAGUUGGAGAAAGAAGAAGGAAGUGAUGCAACCCGAACGUACGGCGACUACGACUACCUCUUCGCUCCUGCCCGACUCGCCGUACGAGGAAGCAAGGCGGCCAACGUACGCGGCAACAGCAACAGCAGCGUGAUGCAUCGGACGAGCUCGCACGGUGGCCACGCCGGCGCCCACGGCGCUGCACCACCGAUGCGGACGACCGCCGCCGCUGCCGCUCCUGCUACUGCGUGGGUAGACGCGGAGGAUGACGCGGAGGGGGAGGAGGCGGCGGUGCGCAGAGGAGCGGCCGGCAGCGACAGCGGUGGUAAUGGUGGUGGUGUGACAGCGUCGCCGACGCGAGCACCUUCGCCGCUCACCGGGCGGGAAGGCGGUGGUGGGCAGCGGCGUCGCGGCGGCGGCCCGCCUGCCCCUUCCAUUCUCUCCCCCACCUCCCUCUAUCAGCAACUCGCCACCUACGUGGGGCUGGCAGCGGAGGUACAGCAAGUGGCGCAGUGCAUUGACCUGUGGAACCGCACGAGUCGCGGGGUGGAGGGCGGCAGGCGGCUAACGCGUUUGUCGGGUCGCGGCUGCGUUGGUCGCCCCACCAGCGCAGCCGCAGCAGCCACAACAGGGGGACAGGCUCGUAAUGGCAACGCUGCUGCCCCUCGCGAUUCCUUCCACCGCUCCGUCAAUGGAGGAGCCAGCUCUCAACAACAACAGCAGCAGCAGCAAUCGUUGGUGACAGCAGCUCCCGGCGAAGUCCUCGACGCCCUGCCCGACGCCAUCCUCGUCAACCAGCUCUUGCUGCUGCCCAUGUCGCACCUCACCGGGCAGGAGCGACUGGAACUGGCGCAGACGACCCGCUCCGCCUACUCCCGCAUCCACCCCUGCAGCGUCAUCACGGUAGCGGCAGGCCAAUUCACGGCGGACCUGCAGCGCAGCUACACGGACAUGAUGGGCCGCCGCUACGCUAAGCUUAUCCCCCUCGCUACCGUGUACACGUUGCUGAUGGCCCUGCCGUCGCCGCGCCGCGCCGGCUCGCUUUAUCGCAGCAUCGAGCUGACGUUGCUAGAGGCGGUGCAGCGUCGUCACGCCCGCUCGGUGGCAGCAGCAGCGGCAGCAUCGGCGACAGCGACAGCGCCGACCACCGCGACGCCAACGGUGAAUAUAGGCUCCACAAACUUCUCCGCCGCGCAUACGAGCAGCGCCGGCAGCUUCCCUGCUCACUCCGGUGCCGCCGGUCGGUCCAGCUGGGACGCUGUUGCGGAGGAGGAGCCGCCGCCGUUGUUGUCGUCAUCGUCGGCCGUGGCAGCCGCAGCGGCGACCACCGUGGCUGGGCUGGACUUCUUAGCGAUGGAGAUUAUCGACUUCUUGCGGGUGCACGGGGCCAUCUCGGUCGCGUCGGAGAUGUGGGUUUCCUUCACCCACGGCGAGGUGACCCCGGUGGAGUACGUCGAGGCCGCCGUUGUGCGCCGGCGCCGGCACCGCCUGCGGGCAGAGCGACGACGCCAGCGCGCCACCGCCACUGUCGCGUCCUCCUCCUUCGCACAUCAUGGGCGACACAAGGACCGGCAACAGCUCUCCGAUACACAGGUACCCGGACCAGAGCAGCAACAGGGAAGGAGCGGCGCAGUGAGCGGCGUCUCCGCCGUGCACGAAGACAGCAGCAGUUGGGCAAGCUCGGAAGCCACCACCAUGGCCAUUGACAGUUCCCACAGCAACAGCAACGGCAACAACACCAGCAAAGCCGCAGCGACGGACACGCGCUCGGGGACCGGGACGGCGUCUUCGGCUGAGGAUCCAUUUGAUGCUGUAAAAGACAUGGACACCGUUCCUGCGGCGCUGGUGCUGCACAUGCUGGAGCGGGUGGUGGACGCGCAGCACUCACAGCAGCAGCAGCAGCAGAUGCAGGGACUGCCGUCCUCGUCGUACGUGCCGAUCCCAGCCUCGGUGAUGUCGUUGAAUGGCAGCAACGGCGUCGGUGGAUCGCGGUGCAACGGUGCAGAUGCGGAGACGGCGUCGACCACCACCACCACCACCACCACCACCACGGGCAUGCCCAAAUCUCCCAGCACGGGCAACACCAUCCCUGCCGCAGCAGCGGCAACGACGUUGAUGGGUGGGGGAACGGCCCGCACCCCGCGGUCGUCAGAGACAGACGUGAGCGUCAUGCGUGCGGCGUACAAGGUAAACCGCCCUCUUGACGCCCUCGCUGCUGGGCACGCACGAGCUGCCGCCUCGUCCGUGCAACAACAGCAACUUGUCACAGCGCACCCCGCAAGCGCCACGGCGAGUGCGGCCUCCUCACCCCCUCUGCUCUUCAUCGUACCCGCGCAGUCGGGCCGCGGUGCCACCUCUUCCGCAGCUGGAGGGGUGGCACCGAACACGUCCAGCGGCAACAGCGCACCACCUCCCCCACAGCAGAUCAGCUCGCCCGCCGCCCAGCUCUCCGUGUACUGUGCCUGGGGCUCUGCGUGCCCUUUGUGCGAGCAGCUCGCCUCUCACCCACAGUGCUGGACCACCGCCGCCAACAGAGACUACACGGUCGGCUACUACGUCAUGAGCGCUGCCCAUCACCUGCGCAGCGCACCCGUCCUGCACCUCAACUUCCCAUCCCUCGAUGCGAGUGUGCGCACCUGCGCCUGCCACGCCCGUCGUAUGCGCGACCACGUGGAUAUGUCCUCCCUUAUGCAGAACAGCUACAACAUCAGCGGGGGCGGCUCACUCGCCGGUCAGCGCGCCGGAAGCAGCAGCAGCGGCAGUGGUGGCGGCGGCGGACUACUGCACUCCCUGCAGCCGUGGUUUAUACGGCCGCACAUGUUUGUCACGCCGGUCACGGCCGCCUACGGGGUGUCGCCGUUUGAGAUUUUUGAGCGGCUGUCGUACCACACUAGUCACGGCGGUAGUCACAACGAUGGUGGGCCGCUUCGACAGCAGCAGCAGCGGUGGACGGCGCUCGGCGGCCCCUCCGCGGCGGGGGUCCCGCUGGUAGUCCCGGUGAACAACACGAGCUCCCUCGUGGAGCCGGAGCGGCGCGACAUUCUGCUGCUCACCCGCACGCAGGCUCACCAGCAGGAGGCCUCGGAGGCCGCCUCCCGCCGCGGCGCCACCGUCGGAGUGGCCGAGGAGCAGGGCCACACGCUGCUGCAGUGCGCGGAUAUCCCGGCAGGGGCGGUGGACUUCCUGCGGCGCAACGCCAAGGUCAUUCGUCGCCGCCUCGCCUACGCGCGCGCGCAGCAGACGGCGUUGGCCCGUUUUGAGCAGGCGUGUGAGCGGCGUGCGGCCGCCCACGCAAAAGGGUUUGCGGCGCCACCGCCGGAGCAGACGCUCGCCAGGACGGGGCCGUCCUCCUCGCUGCUUUCCGCCUCUGCGGUCGGCGCGGCAGCGGCAGCAGGAAGCAGCGGUCGCCUGGGGCGCCACGUCUCCACCGCCACGUCCCCUAGCGCCGAGGACGCGCGGUCGGAGGCGACGACGACCACAACAGCGACCACCGUCGUUGGCAAAUCGGCGGCGGUGUCCGUCACGUCUCCGUCGACGGUAGACGCCACGACGGACGGGGCUGCUGCUCUCCCCUCUGCGCCACGGCCAGUGUUAGCAGCCUCCACGCAGCCCAUGCCCCUCCGCAGUGCUGCGGUGGAAGUGGACAACGAGCCACACGCCUCCUCGCCGCUGCUGGGACCGGCCGCCGCCGCCCUGUCGAAGCUCAGCAGCAGCGCCGAUGCGCGCCCGCGCUCCCUUCGCUAUGGUCGUCGACAGCUGCCGCUGCACACCGCCACCAGCCCCUUAACGAACGUGAAUUUGCUCCUUUAUAACGCGACGCCGACCGCCGCGGCGGCGGAGCUGGCUGUGGAAGAAGAGCGUCCUCAAAGAGAAGAGAGGCCUCCGUCGCAGCAGCCCCAACAGCAACAACUAAAUAGCGGCUCGGCCACUAAUGGUUUUCCCUUUGCGGGGGUGGGCGACCUGCUGGAUGGCGGGCGCAGCCUGCCGGUGGAGGUGCUGCUACAGUACAUCCUUCACCACCUCAUCGCCCUCAGCUGGGGACGACGCGGGGUCGAGGUGGAUACGCUGGUCCGGCUGCUCGAGCGCAACCUGCGACGACUGCCGCCGCUGCUCGCCAACUUGCAGUACGUGCGUCAGUUGCGCAACGCCGGCUUCACCAGUGAGUCGGCCGCCGUCGCGGUGGCUGCCCUGCACGUCCCUGCUGCCGCCGCUGCGACGACGGCAGCGGCAACCACGAACACAGCCAGCCCGGACGUCACGGCGGCUGCGGCCCCCGCCUCUUCCUCCCCUUCUGCGGUGUUCACCACGGUGCACACCCGACUGGCGGCCGCAUCGUUCAGCGUAGGUGGUGGCUCACGGCCGAGUCCUUCCGCGCUGACGGACACGGCAGAGGAAGCCGCUUCCGAUACAAGUCCGUACAGCGGCUGCUCGCGUGCGGCGACGGCGAUGCCCGUCUCGGAGUCCGAGGUGCAGCUUCUACAGGCGUACGAGGUGCUGGAGAAGCUGAGCCUCAUGGAGCUGCUGGCGCCGUACGCGACGUGGCCGGUGCGCACGGUGCCAACGCGGCUGCUGCUGCACACGGUGGUGAAUGAGUUCAGUGACGUGCUGUACGUCGACGGCGCUGAGCGAGACGAGGAGGCCGAUCACUGGGACCUCCCUGUGGCGGCGCAGUGA